AUGUCGUUGGAGACUUGGGCGGUUGCAGCGGUUGCUAUCGUUGACUCAGCUGGUACACCUCUUAUUAUUCGAACAUUUCUUUCUUCGCCUUCCGUUCUUAACUCCCCCGAGUUUCCUCUUCAGGCGCACUUGUAUGUUGGUCCCGAAGACAUAAUAGGCCUCCAUUUCUUGCUUUUUUCGUCUCUUGAUCGUAGCGAAGAACUGGUUGCGGCCAAAAAACAGCACAUACGGGGUGCCGCUUCCACGGCGACAGCGUCCCAGGGUGGAUCGGAACCCGGUCAAGGCUCCACGAAUCCUGACAAUUCCAAACCCUCUGGUCUUUCUUCUGCGGUUCCCAAGGAGGAAUCCGACUUGGUCUUGUCCUCGGCGGGCGCCAGCUCGACGCAUGUCAGCACAAACGUCAAGACCUCUUUCUCUGCUGCCGCUUCGACGCAACGCCUCGUGACUUCUACGACCGACAUCCGCUUUCUGGGUAAGCUUAUCCACAGCUAUCGUUUUCUUUCCUACGGCUUUUGCUCUGCUACGGGAAUCACGACACUGCUUGUUACGGUGGGCAGCGAAGCUCCGCCGGAUGCUGUCGUUCCGCUCUGCCGCGCAAUCUACGAGUGUGCCUCUGCUGCACUUUGUAACCCGUUCCGUACCCCAGCUCAGUGUUGGCGUGCUCAGCUGAAGCUCCUUGAGGAUAGUUACGCCACAAACGUCGUUUCUCAGCAGGAGAAGGAGGUGCCCGAUGUUGCAUCGCGUACUCCUGAGUCAGCUUUUGAUGGGGUUGGAAAGCCAGAUCACUCCGAAGCGCUGAAAUUACCGUUCAAAAUUGACCUUGGAUUACCAUCGGGUAGUCAGGAGUUUAGCUGGCCUCGAUCCGCCCCAACACCAGCUUCGAUUUCUCAGGAGCCCACUUUAGCACUGUCUAAGACCUUUAAUAGACAGUUGGAGUCAAUUUUGUCAACCUUUACGGUUACUUCGAGAAGUUGCAUCAUUCAUUGA